CUGGAUAUGAAGGACCAGUCGUGUAAGCCAUGCGCUGAGGGCCGCUACUCCCUAGGCACCGGCAUCCGGUUCGAUGAGUGGGAUGAGCUGCCGCACGGCUUUGCCAAUCUCGCAACCAACAUGGAGAUGGAAGAUGGCGUCACUGAGUCCACGGAGAACUGCACUUCGUCCAAGUGGGUCCCUCGGGGCGACUACAUCGCCUCCAACACGGACGAGUGCACGGCCACGCUGAUGUACGCCGUCAACCUGAAGCAGUCGGGCACUGUCAACUUUGAGUAUUACUAUCCAGACAGCAGCAUCAUCUUCGAAUUUUUCGUACAGAACGACCAGUGCCAGCCCAAUGUGGAUGACUCCAGGUGGAUCAAAACCACAGAAAAAGGAUGGGAAAUCCACAGUGUGGAGCUAAAUCGAGGCAAUAAUGUCCUGUAUUGGAGAACCACAGCCUUCUCAGUGUGGUCCAAAGCACCGAAGCCUGUGCUGGUGAGAAACAUCGCCAUAACAGGGGUAGCCUACACCUCAGAAUGCUUCCCCUGCAAGCCUGGCACGUAUGCGGCCAAGCAGGGCUCCUCUUUCUGCAAACUUUGCCCAGCAAAUUUUUACUCAAAUAAAGGAGAAACUUCUUGCCACCAGUGCGACCCUGACAAAUACUCAGAAAAAGGAUCUUCCACCUGUAAAGUACGUCCAGCCUGCACAGACAAAGACUAUUUCUACACACACACAGCCUGUGAUGCCAACGGAGAGACGCAGCUAAUGUACAAAUGGGCCGAGCCGAAAAUCUGCGGUGAGGAUCUGGAGGGAGCGGUGAAGCUGCCUGCCUCUGGGGUGAAGACCCUGUGCCCACCUUGCAACCCAGGCUUCUUCAAAACCAACAACAGCACCUGCGAGCCCUGCCCCUAUGGCUCUUACUCCAAUGGCUCUGAUUGUACCCACUGCCCAGCUGGAACUGAACCUGCCCUCGGAUUCGAAUACAAAUGGUGGAACACACUGCCCACGAACAUGGAGACCACGGUUCUCAGUGGGGUCAACUUUGAGUACAAGGGCAUGACAGGCUGGGAGGUGGCUGGUGAUUACAUUUAUACUGCUGUCGGAGCCUCAGAUAACGACUUCAUGAUUCUUACCCUGGUCGUGCCAGGAUUUAGACCGCCACAGUCUGUGAUCGCAGACACAGAGAAUAAAGAGGUGGCCAGGAUCACAUUCGUCUUUGAGACCAUCUGUUCUGUGAACUGUGAGCUUUACUUCAUGGUGGGCAUGAAUUCCAGGACCAACACUCCCGUGGAGACGUGGAAAGGCUCCAAAGGCAAACAAUCGUACACCUACAUCAUUGAGAAGAACGCAACCAUGAGCUUCACCUGGGCUUUCCAGAGGACCACUUUCCACGAGGCAGGCAGAAAGUACACCAAUGAUGUUGCUAAGCUCUACUCCAUCAAUGUCACCAAUGCCAUGGAUGGGGUGGCCUCCUACUGCCGUCCCUGUGCCCUGGAAGCUUCUAACACGGGCUCCUCCUGCACCUCUUGUCCUGCCGGCUACUACAUUGAUCGAGACUCAGGAGCCUGCCACUCCUGCCCCUCUAACACAAUCCUGAAAGCCCACCAGCCUUAUGGCAUCCAGGCCUGCACGCCCUGUGGUCCAGGGACCAAGAGCAACAAGAUCCACUCUCUGUGCUACAACGACUGCUCCCUCUCGGUCAGCAGCUCAGCCAGGACUUUCGACUACAACUUCUCCACUUUGGCAAACCCUGUCUCUCUAGCUGGAGGGCCAAGCUUCACUUCCAAAGGAUUGAAAUAUUUCCAUCACUUCACCCUCAGUCUCUGUGGAAACCAGGGGAAGAAAAUGUCCGUUUGCACCGACAAUGUCACUGACCUCCAGAUUCCUGAGGGUGAGUCAGGUUUCUCCAAAUCCAUCACGGCCUACGUCUGCCAGAUGGUCAUUAUCCCCCCCGAGGUGACAGGCUACAAGGCCGGGGUGUCCUCUCAGCCUGUCAGCCUCGCCGAUCGACUCAUAGGGGUGACAACAGAUAUGACUCUGGAUGGAAUCACCUCCCCAGCUGAACUUUUCCCGCUGGAGUCCUUGGGAAUACCGGAUGUGAUCUUCUUUUAUAGGUCCAACGAUGUGACCCAGUCCUGCAGCUCUGGGAGAUCAACCACCAUCCGAGUCAGAUGCAAUCCACUGAAACCUGCCACUGGAAGUCUGUUGCUGCCAGUCACAUGCUCGGAUGGGACCUGUGAUGGCUGUAACUUCCACUUCCUGUGGGAGAGCAUGGUGGCUUGCCCACUCUGCUCCACCGCUGAUUACCACGCCAUCAUCAGCAGCUGUGUGGCUGGGAUCCAGAAGACCACAUAUGUGUGGAGAGAACCAAAGCUGUGCUGGGGUGGUGUCUCCCUGCCUGAGCAGAGAGUCACCAUCUGCAAAACAAUCGACUUCUGGCUGAAAGUGGGCAUCUCUGCAGGCACCUGUACCGCCAUCCUGCUCACCGUCCUGACCUGUUACUUCUGGAAAAAGAAUCAAAAACUAGAGUACAAGUACUCCAAGCUGGUGAUGAAUGCUACCCUCAAGGAUUGUGACCUGCCCGCAGCUGACAGCUGUGCCAUCAUGGAAGGCGAGGAUGUAGAGGAUGACCUCAUCUUUACCAGCAAGAAGUCACUCUUUGGGAAAAUCAAAUCAUUUACCUCCAAGGUAGGGGGCCUGGCCAGUGCACUAAGGUCAGCCUGGAAGGCUGGAGAAGACACCUGUCAUUCCCAGCAGAGUGAACGGCCCUGCACUGUUCAGGGACCACUUUCUUUGUGA